GGAUACUGCCGGUUUUUUUUUUUUUUUAAAGGAAACAAGUGGGAAGUUGCGCUUGAAGACGUAGUUAACUUUGUCGAUUCUCCUGCACUCGUUUGCUCGGUACGAAUAAAAGCACGAUCUAAUGGCUAGCAUCUUCGUUCGGAGGUUAUUUCUGGUCUCCACUCACCUUACAGCCCCGCGGUCGGGCUGUCUGCUUCUAGCCAAGCGAGCAGAGGAGACCGCCGCAGGGGCUAGACGUUUCUGCAAUGAUCCUCCGGAGAGAAUCAGCCGUUAUCCAGUUCCUUCUAAAAAAGACUUGCCAUAUGACAUAGUGGAACUUAUGCAGGAAGUCGAGACUAAGGGAGGAUUCCUACCCAAUGUUUUCAAAGUCCUUUCUCACAGACCUGGAGAGUUUCGAGCCUUCUUCUCCUAUUACAAUGAACUUAUGAACAAGGAGACAGGUGGACUAACCAAGGCAGAUCGUGAGCUGAUUGUGGUGGCCACCAGCAUGUAUAAUAAGUGUCUUUACUGUGUGGUUUCCCAUAGUGCACUUCACCGCAUCUACUCAAAGAACCCCACCCUCUCAGACCAGGUGGUCGUCAACUAUGAGAACGCAGCGCUGCAACCGCGAGAGCGCACUAUGUUGGACUUUGCAAUGGCCAUUUGCCGUGCAGACACCAUUACAGAAAAGCACUUUAAGUCUUUAGAGGACGUAGGCUUCGACAGCGAGGAUGCCUGGGACAUUGCUGCCAUUGCAGCCUUAUUUGCCAUGUCUAAUCGGCUCGCCCACCUUACUGACAUGCGACCAAACCAGGAGUUUUACAACAUGGGCCGCAUACCGCGGGACAAGAGCAAAGACGAAGCAGGCAAACAGAACAAGUGACGAGGAGGACAAGUUGAAUUUUGGAGAAGAAACUAUGACUCAUGAAGCAAAGUUAAAUGUGAAACCUGCAAAGCUCAAUAUUUGCAUAGAAUAAUGACAGGAUCGUGGAUUUGAUUAUGGUUGUUUGGGACUUCUAACCAAUAUUCUUGUUUGUUUUCCCUUGUGUACACUGAAGUUCAGCUGUCUUUGCUUUGAUAUGAUGUGUCAUAAUAUGACAUUUUUGGUGUCUGCCUCUGAUAAAGGCAGCAUUUAAAGUUUUAUAGACAAAGGUGAUUGUUUUUAUGAACUGUUCUUUCAUCAAAUUAUAGCUAUUUUAUUGAUACUGCAUAGCACUGUAUUCUACUCGUUUGUCAACACUAGGUGGCCCUACAACAUUAUUUUGUUGGAAUAUCUCAGGUGUGUCAAACUCAAAUUCACAGUGGGCUAAAUUAAAAACUGGGACAAAAUAAAGAAGGACGUGGUGAAGAGUCUUCAAAAGAAAGCAGUAUUUAUCCAUUUCUCAUUGUAAAAUGUUGAAUGAAUGAAUAAAUACAACUUUGUCUUUGCUUUUGUUUUGCGUGUGAUAUGUAAAUACCCCUGAGACAUUUAAAUCUGAGAUCAAAUCAAGGAAAAAGAGGAUAGAAUGAAGUAAUUUAGGCUGUGGGUAUGUGAAAAGAUGCAUGACAAUUUUACACAUUCGUGCAAUGUCAUUUUGAAUCCCAAAAUUAUUAUAUUGCAAGGGUAAGA